CAACAAGGCCACACACCAUCUCUCUCUCACACACACACGCACGCACGCACGCACAAACACACACAUAUUCAUUCUACAAAGAGAGCAGUCAACCAACCACAAAGGAGAGAGAAGGUAAAGUAGAACCCCCAACAGUAUUUCCACUUCCUCACUUGCCACUAUAAUCUCUCUCUCUCAAUGGCUCAAACUUUCAUUAAUUUCACAACAAGACAGCAUAUGAACUGCAGAACAUAUUUCAAUUCUUGAAUAAAAAAAGCUAUGCUAUCGAUGGAAAAACAAGGCAGCAACUCCGGCCACCGCGACCCACCGCCCUCCUCCCUCCAACUCCUCUCCCACCCCCAAAGUCAACCCGAUUCAGCCCCACCCCAUGGCCCCUUCAUGGGCUCCAUUUCAAUUCAACAACCCACAAACUUAUCCUCCGCCGCCACAAACUCACCCCCCUCCUCCACCACCACCACCACCAAUACCGACAGCAAAGCGUUGGUGGUCAAGAAGCCCUCCAAGGACCGCCACACCAAAGUCGACGGCCGCGGGCGCCGCAUCCGCAUGCCGACCCUCUGCGCUGCCCGAGUGUUCCAAUUGACCAAAGAAUUGGGCCACAAAUCGGACGGAGAGACCAUCGAGUGGCUCCUCCAGCAGGCGGAGCCCUCCAUCAUCGCCGCCACCGGCACCGGCACAAUCCCGGCCAACUUCUCCACCCUCAACGUCUCCCACCGCAGCAGCGGCACCACCAUCUCCGCCCCCUCCUCCAAAUCCACCCCCCUCUUCCUCGGCGCCCCACCCGCCUUCCACCACCACCUCACCGCCGCCACAUUCGGACAUGAACCGGACGAAAACAGCUACUCCAAGAAACGGUUCAGAGAAGAUAUCCAGACCGGAACCGGUUCACCCAAACCGGGCGAAAAUGAAUCCAGCCAUAAUAAACCCGGUUCGACCGCACCUUCCACCUUCGUCCCGGCUCCAGCCAUGUGGGCGAUGGCGCCAGCCUCCGCCGCCGCAAACAUGGGCAACGCUUUCUGGAUGCUCCCGGUGAACGGCGGCGGAGUCGCCGCUACGGCUGCGCAGCAGGAAUGGCAGUAUAGGCAGUCAUCAAUGCAGAGAGUGGGCGGGUUUCAGUUUCCCGGUCCAGGACGGUACAGCCCGGUUCAAUUCGGGUCAAUGGUGGUUCAGCCGUCGCCAGUUCAGGCGCUGGAGACGAAUAUCGGUUUGCUGAGCUCUGCUUACAACAACAGCAGUAGCGAUAGCAGAAUUGAUUUGGGAAUGAAGUUGGAGCAAAAUCAUCAUCAGCGCAGCAAUAGCAGCGAUGAAAACCGAGAAGAUUCACAGUAAUUUACUCCAAUUUCGUUUCUUCGGCCAUUAAUUUGAUAGUACUACUAUUUUAUUUUAUUGUUUUUAUUUUCUUGUUCAAUAAUUGUACUGUUUGUUAGCUUUUGUUAGUGCUGCAGCUCUUGGUGUUUAA